UGGAAUGUUUCAGAGGGAGAGAAGCCUGAUGAUUCCAUGGCUGGGUAUCACUUUCCUGUUGCUCAUCCUGUUUCCUGUUGGUGUAAUCAUUACGAUCGUGUUCGAGUUGGUCCCAGAAAGUAAGGUUUCUGGCAAUUUCAUCGCCAUCGUCGUCUUCAUUGUGUUGUCCGUGAUUACUUACUCCAUUGAAAUCCACUUCUUCCUUGUCGUCUACUCCUACUUCAAGGAACUGGGGAGAGCAGCCUCGCCCGAAGGAGCCUUGCAUCUCCACGAGGGCGAGAAGCCGAUUCAACUGGAGGAACCGCGCCUCCAUCCCCGGUUCAGCCGAUAUUGAGCGGUGUUAUCCAGAUAUUUCCCGUCUCCUUUUUAUAUCCGUUUGUUGAAUGUUAUCUCGGAUUUGAUGUUCUUGGAAGCAG